GGGGACGCCGGCGGGGGCCCCGGGGGCUUCCCCGAGCGCGGCGGCAGCAACAGCAGCCACCCAGGAUCCGCCCGGCGCAACCACCAUGCUGGUGGGGAUUCCUCGCAGCGCGAGACCGGCAGCGAGGUGGACACCCCGGGGACCCCGUCUGCCCUGCCGCCGUCGGAGGAAGAGACAGAACAGUGGCAGCCUUGGACUCAGCUGCGCCUAUCCGGCCACCUCAAGCCCCUUCACUACAAUUUGAUGCUCACCGCCUUCAUGGAGAACUUCACCUUCUCCGGGGAGGUCAACGUGGAGAUCGCGUGCCGGAACGCCACCCGCUACGUGGUGCUGCAUGCCUCCCGGGUGGCGGUGGAAAAGGUGCAAGUGGCGGAGGACCGGGCGUUCGGGGCAGUCCCGGUAGCAGGCUUUUUUCUCUACCCACAAACCCAGGUCUUGGUGGUGGUGCUGAAUAGAACCCUGGACGCGCAGAGGAAUUACAACCUAAAGAUUAUCUAUAAUGCCCUGAUAGAGAACGAGCUUCUCGGCUUCUUCCGCAGCUCCUACGUGCUCCACGGGGAGAGAAGAUUCCUUGGUGUUACUCAGUUUUCACCUACGCAUGCCAGGAAGGCAUUUCCAUGUUUUGAUGAACCAAUCUACAAAGCCACUUUCAAAAUCAGCAUCAAACAUCAAGCAACCUAUUUGUCUCUGUCCAACAUGCCAGUGGAGACAUCCGUGUUUGAGGAAGACGGAUGGGUCACAGACCACUUUUCACAGACCCCUCUCAUGUCCACAUACUAUUUAGCCUGGGCGAUUUGCAACUUCACAUACCGAGAAACUACUACCAAGAGUGGGGUUGUAGUCCGAUUAUAUGCAAGACCCGAUGCUAUCAGAAGAGGAUCCGGGGACUAUGCUCUCCACAUUACAAAGAGAUUAAUAGAAUUUUAUGAAGACUACUUUAAAGUGCCCUAUUCUUUGCCAAAACUAGAUCUUUUAGCUGUGCCUAAGCAUCCGUAUGCAGCUAUGGAGAACUGGGGACUAAGUAUUUUUGUGGAACAAAGAAUACUGCUGGACCCCAGCGUUUCAUCUAUUUCGUAUUUGCUGGAUGUCACCAUGGUCAUUGUUCAUGAAAUAUGUCACCAGUGGUUUGGUGACCUUGUGACUCCAGUGUGGUGGGAAGAUGUGUGGUUGAAGGAAGGCUUUGCUCACUACUUUGAAUUUGUGGGUACAGACUACCUCUAUCCUGGCUGGAACAUGGAAAAGCAGAGAUUUCUGACAGAUGUUCUGCAUGAAGUGAUGCUGCUUGACGGCUUAGCCAGUUCCCAUCCGGUAUCACAGGAAGUGCUACGGGCAACAGAUAUUGACAGAGUGUUCGACUGGAUCGCAUAUAAAAAGGGUGCUGCUUUAAUUAGAAUGCUGGCUAAUUUUAUGGGCCAUUCAGUUUUUCAGAGGGGAUUGCAAGAUUAUUUAACUAUUCACAAGUAUGGCAAUGCAGCCAGAAAUGAUCUCUGGAAUACAUUAUCAGAGGCUUUAAAGAGGAAUGGAAAAUAUGUGAACAUACAAGAAGUAAUGGAUCAGUGGACACUCCAGAUGGGAUAUCCUGUUAUCACUAUCCUGGGAAACAUGACAGUAGAAAAUAGAAUAAUUAUCACCCAACAACAUUUCAUUUAUGAUAUCAGUGCUAAAACAAAAGCACUCCAACUUCAGAAUAACAGUUACCUGUGGCAGAUUCCAUUAACCAUUGUGGUAGGAAAUCGAAGCCAUGUGUCUUCAGAGACAAUUAUUUGGGUGUCUAACAAAUCAGAACAUCACAGAAUAGCAUACAUGGACAAAGGAAGCUGGAUCCUUGGGAACAUUAAUCAGACUGGCUACUUUAGAGUCAACUAUGACCUAAGGAACUGGAGAUUACUCAUUGAUCAAUUAAUCAGGAACCAUGAGGUACUUUCCAUCAGUAACCGUGCGGGCUUGAUUGAUGAUGCCUUCAGCCUGGCCAGGGCAGGCUUUUUGCCUCAGAAUAUUCCCCUGGAGAUUAUCAGAUACCUGUCUGAGGAGAAGGAUUUUCUUCCUUGGCAUGCUGCCAGCCGAGCUCUUUAUCCUCUGGAUAAGUUACUGGACCGUAUGGAGAACUACAAUGUCUUCAAUGAAUACAUUUUAAAACAAGUUGCAACAACGUAUAUCAAGCUUGGAUGGCCAAAAAAUAACUUCAAUGGAUCUCUGGUUCAAGCAUCCUACCAACACGAGGAACUACGUAGAGAAGUGAUAAUGUUGGCAUGCAGCUUCGGGAACAAACACUGUCACCAGCAGGCGUCGACACUUAUUUCAGACUGGAUUUCUAGCAACAGGAACAGAAUACCACUAAAUGUUAGAGACAUCGUCUACUGCACAGGAGUGUCACUUCUGGAUGAGGAUGUGUGGGAGUUCAUCUGGAUGAAAUUCCACUCCACUACUGCAGUGUCUGAGAAGAAGAUUUUACUGGAGGCCCUAACUUGCAGUGAUGAUAGGAAUUUAUUAAACAGACUUCUAAAUCUGUCUCUGAAUUCUGAGGUGGUAUUGGAUCAAGAUGCAAUUGAUGUCAUAAUCCAUGUAGCAAGAAAUCCACAUGGCCGAGAUCUUGCCUGGAAGUUUUUCAGAGACAAAUGGAAAAUCCUAAAUACCAGGUAUGGAGAAGCAUUAUUUAUGAAUUCCAAACUUAUCAGUGGAGUUACAGAAUUUCUUAAUACAGAAGGCGAACUUAAAGAGCUAAAGAGCUUUAUGAAGACCUAUGAUGGGGUAGCCUCUGCUUCAUUCUCACGAGCUGUAGAAACCGUGGAAGCCAAUGUGCGCUGGAAAAGGCUUUAUCAAGAGGAGCUGUUCCAGUGGCUGGGAAAAGCCAUGAGACACUAA